AUGUCCUCCCCUACGGACUCCACGAUUCCCCUUUGGAUCGACAACCAGCCCAUCCACACCAAGACCACCAUCCCGGUAACCCAAGCUACAUCCAAGGAAAUCGCUCACUACGCCUCCUCUGCAUCCUCCACCGAAGCGACUCAAGCCGCCAUCUCCUCGCUCUCAGCCUUCAAAUCCUGGCGUUCAACCUCGCACACCACCAGACGCGCCCUUCUCCAGCGUGUUGCAACACACUAUAGCACCCACGCCGACGCUCUCGUCGCCGCGCAAAUCGCAGAAACAUCCUGCACAGAAGCCUGGGCGCGUCAAAAUGUCAACCUAUCAAUCUCAUACCUCAAUGAGAUCGCUGCACAAAUAAGUUCUGUAAAUGGCGUUAUUCCUCCAACAGAGAAGCCCAACACCCAGGGUUUUGUGUUCAAGGAACCAGUUGGACCGGUUUUGUGCAUCGCACCCUGGAAUGCAGCGCUCGUUCUUGCAACGCGGGGAAUAGCAAGUGCGAUCGCAGUAGGCUGCACUGUGGUCUUCAAAGCAAGUGAACUAUGUCCAGAAACCCACGGACUCAUCACAAAAGCCUUCUCAGAAGCGGAUUGUCCCGCUGGUGUGUUGAAUCAGAUUCAAUGCGGACGGGAAAACGCAGCAGAAGUUACCGAGACGUUGAUAGCGCAUGAAGCCAUUCGCAAAAUUGAAUUCAUCGGUAGUGCGGAGGUGGGCAAGAGGAUCAUGGGGAUUGCAGCAAAGUACCUCAAACCCGUAUUAAUGGAACUCGGCGGGAAGUGUCCGGCCAUUGUACUCGAGGAUGCAGAGUUGGAAGAAGCGGCAAAGCAAUGUGCUAUGGGUGCGGUAUUGCAUCAUGGGCAAAUUUGUUUCAGUACCGAGAGGAUUAUUGUAAUGGAGCCUGUGGCGGAGAAGUUCAAGGGACUACUCGCUGAAGCUAUGAAGGGAGCCGAGGGUCCGGCUGGAUCGGCGGUAUCCGAGAGUAUUGCAAAGCAUGCUGAGGAUGUUAUUCGGGAUGCGCAGGAGAAGGGUGACGAGGUUCUCGUUGGAGGCAUUGACGCUGCUCCUUCGAGCAGCGGGGUUGUGCUCAAGCCUACGGUCAUCGUCAACCCCUCGUCGUCCUCCCGUAUACUGGACGAAGAGACCUUUGGUCCUUCCGCAUCAUUAUACGUCGUUUCCUCAGACGAAGAAGCCAUCGCGCUGGCGAAUCGCUCUGCGUAUGGUCUCAAUGCUACUGUUUGGACACGCGACAUGGGACGCUUUAUGAAGAUGUCGCGAGAAUUAGAGUACGGCCAAGUCCAUGCUAACAGCAUCUCGGUCUACACUUCGCCGACUGGGAGCCAAGGUGGUGUCAAAGGAAGUGGUUUUGGACGGCAGAACGGACAGUGGGGGCUAGACGAGUUCGUUGUCGAGAAGUUUGUCACUUGGUGUGGGUGA